AUUAGUGGAGUCAACGCCACUGCAGUAGCGCUACUACCAAAGGUCCUAGCACAUAAAGUGAAGCGUAGGCGCAAGUUUCAAGUCAAUCAGAGAUCAACUGGCGACUCGUGGGAAGAAACUCGGGUAUGACUUGAAGAAGAAUGGAUUUCUACCUCAGUUUGUGACAAUAUAAUCAUGUAAUCUUGUCAAGAGAAGAAAGAGGACGAGACUACGAGCGUCUGGGAUCAAACGGCACCUGAUUUGGAGUCCGAACGAGGGAGAAACGAAGAAUCAAAGAUAGGGGAAAAUUGGUUUCGGG